CUUUCAAUCAUUCCAUUACUCGCAAAUGCGACUCCAUCCAUUUGACAUUCCUGAAGUGCUUGACAAAAUAGUUGCGUGCCUUGACACAGGUGAUAUCAAGUCAUGCAUCUAUGUUUCCAAGGCUUUUCAUGAGGCUUUUAUACGGUUCCUAUGGAAAACUAUCAAUGUCGACACCCCAAACUGGAGCGCCGUUGACGGCCAGACACUUGAGAAGCAUAAACACUACAUCGAAGAGAUUUAUUUUACUUACCGCUAUGCAGAGCACAUCUUAUUAUUACGUGGGUGCAGCCGUCUCCGGAAACUGGUAUCUCGGCGCGACAAGUCACAACGCUUUGAGGAUCUUCUGUAUCGUCUUUCCAAUUUGAUGAUUGCCAAUAACUUUAAGCUUCAAGAGUGUGAAAUUAACUGGGCUCAUGAGAAAGGUACCUGGACCUAUAGGGCUAAAGACUUUUACAAUGCUGUGCUUCAGUGUCCACAUCUCCGGGAACUUAAACUCCACGACUUCAUUAUCCACGCUGAGGAGAUUGAUCUGUUUUUUCGGAUGUGUAGUCAACUUGAGAUCUUGGAGUUGACACGUGUAGACAUUCCUCAGUGGGCAGUUGGGAAACUGAUAGGCAACCUUGGUGCCGACGUCGGGACUGCAGCUGGUGCGUUCGCUUUUGGAUACCUCCUCGAAUUGACAUUGUGUGAGACUAAGGUUAUUGGACCUCAUCCAAUCUCUGAAGCUCACAGCUUGGUAACAUUUAUCCAAAGUUGCCCAAACCUGAGAUCACUUACUUUUUACGAUGGCGCUACGGAGGACAUGGUCGAUUUCUGUAGAACAUUGGCACCGGCUCUUGAGUCAUUGCCGCAUCUCGAAUCCUUGAUCAUUCCGGAGGCUGAAUUGAACGACAAGAAGUUGGCGGCUUUUCUUGGAAAGAUGAAUCGGCUCCGGAAGUUGCAUGCAUGGCAAUCUGAUUUUGGGCCCCUCUGUCUCGCAGAGUUACUCAAGCCAAGGGGACCAUUGAAUGGGGGGACAAGGUUCUGUGAUAUGAUUGAGGACUUGUCAGCCCCCACAUUUGAUUUUACAGACAGAGUAAUUCCGGUACUCCUGUCCAGCUGUAGGAACCUCACCUUGCUUGAAACAAGCGUGGCUAGAAUUACAGAUAUUAUUACAGGACAGGAAUGGGUCUGUUCUAAGUUACAGAGACUAGAGCUCAGUCUCGUGCUUGAUGUUUAUAAUGAUGAGGAGAGAAAGGCAAAGCAACGAAUCCUGUUUGAGCGUCUGGGCAAGUUAACAAAGCUCCAAGAACUUCAUAUAACUACUGGAUACAGCUUGACAUUAGAUGCAGGCCUGGACAAGUUGAUUAAUUUGAAGCGCCUGAGAUACUUGGCAUUCCACCAUGGAGCCCAUUUCAUAGGACCAGAUGAAGCAGUCUGGAUGGUGGAAAACUGGCCGUGUUUGGAGGAGGUUAUCGGGCUCAAAGACAAGGAUCCAGCCGCCGUUGGGUCAAUUGCUGGUAUCUUUAACCGCCGUGGAAUUAUUUAUCAUUAGGUAGCUUACUAAUUCUUCAUUAAAAAAAAUAAAAAACAAAGGGAAA